GUCGGUGGUUUCCGGUAGUAUGGCGACUACGUGGAUACCCUACUUCUUUUUAGUUUGUGCAAGAAGAGACUGGGUUGUGCUCUGAGCCAGCCGGGCGGUCAUUCCCGGAGUCGUGUGCGUGUGGGAGACUAUGCUACCACUGCUGGCGCUGGGCACGGUCUUGACUUGCGCUGUGGUCAGAGCAGAGGUGGCCGGGGACAGAAGCCACAAACCGCUUCUCAACUACAGCAGCUUCUCGCUCCCAGAGGAACACAUCCCAUACUUCUUGCGCAACAACAGGAAGGUCGCCGAACUUUGUCGGCGGGAUCCGGAGUGCCCAUUCAAAGAUGCUCUGCUGGUUAAGAAUGCCUGCUGGGGCUAUGAGAAGAACUGCUCCCCCGAGAACAGAAUGGGAUACCCCGUCUGCUCCUCCGUAGACUCUGGAUGGGCCAGGUCGUUGACUGCAGGUCAGGAGCUGUUCUGGAAGCAGGCUGACUUUGGCUACGUGAGGGAGCGGCGCAACGAGCUCAAGACUCUCUGCAAGCCCUUAAAUCCGGGGCACUCCAGCCUGAAAUGCAGUAGCCACAUGCGGUUCUGCCGUGCCACCAACCUGUUCCUGGACCUGAGGGAACCCCGCAGAGGUCACGAGAGGUACAAAGAGGACUUCUUGCAGCGAGGGGAGAUUGGGGGGCACUGUCAGCUCAAGGCCAAGGCCCUGGCAGCUGAGGGGCAGCACAAAAGCCCUCUGCAGUCUUGGUUUGCCGAAUUAGAAUCAUACACAGGGUUGGGCUUCCACCCAGAGAACGAUGGCCACUGUGACCUGAUAGUGGAGAGGCCCACCGUCUUCAUGAAACUGGAUGCAGGUGUGAACAUGUAUCAUCACUUCUGCGACUUUGUCAACCUGUACAUCACCCAACACCUCAACAACUCCUUCAGCCGAGACAUCAACAUCGUCAUGUGGGACACAAGCGUGUACGGCUAUGGGGAUCUCUUUGAGCAAACCUGGAGGGCCUUCUCAGACUAUGAAGUCAUUCAUCUGAAAAGCUAUGAUUCGAAAAGGGUGUGUUUCCGAGAGGCUGUUUUCUCACUGCUCCCGAGAAUGAGAUACGGUCUGUUCUACAACACCCCGCUGAUCUCUGAUUGCCAGAGCGAGGAGGGCAUGUUUCGGGCCUUCUCACAGCACGUCCUUCAUCGACUCAACAUCCCUCAGGACGCCACAACGGAUGGACGGGUUCGUGUCACACUGCUGGCCCGUAGCACUGAGUACCGGAGGAUAUUAAACCAGCAGGAGCUUAUAAACGCCCUGAAGACCGUGCCUUGGUUUGAGGUCAGGAUUGUGGAUUACAAAUACAAGGACAUGGCUUUCCUGGACCAGGUGAGGAUAACGCACAACUCGGACAUCUUCAUCGGGAUGCAUGGCGCGGGACUCACCCACCUCCUCUUCCUCCCCGACUGGGCCGUCAUCUUUGAGCUAUACAACUGUCAGGACGAGAGCUGCUAUCGAGAUCUGGCGCGGCUGCGGGGGGUUCGCUACGUGACUUGGCAGAAAAGGGACAAAGUGGUCCCGCAGGAUAAGGGUCAUCACCCCACGCUAGGGGAGCACCCCAAGUUUACCAAUUACUCGUUUGACGUGGAGGAGUUCAUGCGCCUGGUUGGUCUAGCAGCGGAUCACGUGCGCUCGCACAGGAAGUGGCCUGGAGGGAGGAAGCAGAGAGACGAACUCUGAGACGUGCAGGCAGCGACCAGGGGACAGAAAUCCCCUACGCACACACACAUGCUGUAUACACACACGCACACGCACACACACACACACACACACACACA